AUGAGUUCCAUUUUCCACAACAGAAAUUUUGCAUUAGUUGGAGGAUUAGAUGAACAUAUACAAACAUUGAAAGAAAUGCUUAUAUAUCCCCUUUUAUAUAGAGAAUUAUUUGAUUCGUUUGGAGUUCAGGCUCCUCGUGGUGUAUUAUUUUACGGUCCACCAGGUACAGGUAAAACAUUAAUGGCUGGAGCAGUUGCUGCGGAAUGUAGUAAAUGCUGCAGCAGAAAAGUUUCUUUUUACAUGAGAAAAGGUGGAGAAUGUUUAAAUAAAUAUGUCGGAGAAUCGGAAAAACACCUUCAAAACCUUUUCACCCAGGCUUACAGUACUCGGCCCUCGAUUAUUUUUUUUGAUGAAAUUGACGGUUUGGUACCAACGCGUUCAGAACUACAAGAACAAGUACAUGCUAGUGUGGUCAGCACACUUUUAGGAUUAAUGGACGGUUUGGAUUCAAAAUCUGAAGUAUUUGUUAUUGGUGCCACAAAUAGAAUAGACAUGAUAGAUCCAGCUUUAAGAAGGCCCGGUAGAUUUGAUAGAGAAUUAUAUUUUCCUUUACCCCCCUUAGAAUCAAGGUUUGAAAUAUUUAGAAUACAUACAUAUCAGUGGAAAAAUAAACCGAGCGAAUCAUUAUUAUUAAAAUUGGCGGCGGAAUGUUCUGGAUAUUGCGGUGCAGAUAUUCAAUCUCUAUGUUCUCAAGCCGUCAUGCAAAGUUUCAAUCGUAAUUUUCCACAAGCGUUAGACACGACAAGAAAACAUCUCGUAUCUCUUAAAAAUGUUACCGUAAAAGAUGAAGAUUUUUGGGACGCAAAAGAAAAAAUCGUACCUGCAAGUCAAAGAAUAUACAUUUUACCAUCGAGGCCUCUUAGUUCUGACAUAGAACCGUUACUUAAAAGAAGUUUAAACGAAUGCAUUAACGAAAUUAAUAAAUCCUGUCCGUUUAGUUUCAUGUAUAGAAACGGAGGUGAGCCGAAAAAAAACAAAAGCAUGAGUUGUCCGAGAUUUCUUUUAUUGGGAGAAGAAGCACAUAUUUCACACGUGGCUCCAGCCAUAUUACAAUUUUUCGAUCAUCUUCCGACAAUAGUUAUGGAUUUGGCAAGCAUAAAUAACGAUCCGAAUAGAUUUUCCGAUUCUAGUUCGUUGGUACAUAAAAUAGAAGAAGCACGACAAAGCAUGCCAAGUAUAAUUUACCUUAGAAAUAUAAAUUCCUGGUGGAAUUUAAUUGACGAAUCUGCAAAACAAGUUUUAAUAUUGUCUUUUGAAAGUCUCGACAUGUCGAGAAACACACAAAUAUUCAUUUUCGGAACGGCAUCUUGUGCAUAUAACGACCUCUCACCGGAAAUUAGAAAAAUAUUUUCGAGUAAAAAAUGUUACGAAGUUACCGAACCACAAACGGAAGAAAGGAAAAAAUUUUUUCGACAAGUUUUAGUUGAUAAAAAUUUACUUCCGCCACGAAAUUCAGAAGAAUCUAUGGUUCAACCGUCAAAUUCGUCAAACGUAUCAACGACGUCGAACAAAAGAAAAUAUUUUGUCGCAGAAAACGAAGACGAACCUGCGAUUUCGUUAAAUCAAAAAAUAAAAAACGUUAAUUAUAAAAAUUUUGAAUUGUUUAAAGGUGGAAGGUUAAGAAGUGGGAAAAAUUUUAGAGAUUCAAAUAACGCAUUGACGACAAUAAAUAAAAAAAUAAAAUUAGAAAUUCAAAAUAAACAAAAUUGUUCAUUAAACGACAUACUUCCGGGGAAAAAUACGGAAACUAAAGAUGUUAUUGUCGAUGUUAAAAAAUUAGAAAAAUUAAUUGAAUCCGCGGUUAAAGUAACAGCAAAUUCAAAUGUUAAAUCAAUGGUUAAAUUAUAUGAAGAAUUGGAAAUUGUUUCUUUACGUUAUUCUACAAAGUUAGAUAGGACGACGUUACCGGAAGAAUUAGAAAGAGAAAUUAUUAUAUUUAAUCCGACUUAG